CGCUCAAAUAGCUGCACGCUUCCUAAGCUUAGCACGUUGUAACGAUCGCGCGUGUAAUCCGCAAUAGCUAAAAAUAUUAUCUAAAAAGUUUUUUUAUUUUAUUUUCUAAUAUUUUACUGAAGCUCCGGCUUAACCGACUGCAUAAAUAUAACGUAACACUUCAAUGAUUGUUGAAUGAUUAAUGAACUAUUGUGAGUGGACUGUUUUAUUGUGAAACACGAGCGGAUGGACAUACUUUUUGCGUAUAAGUAUAUUGUGAAUUGUGAUUCCGAGCUCGCUGGAAACAAACACAAGUGAAAGUUGUAAUUUUUUUUGUGGGACAUUCGACAAAAGUGAAAAUUCUCUAGAAACAAUGGACCACAUCUUUCGGCAACGUAGGAUUAGCGUGCCUAAACGGACGAGUGAACUAGUAGCGCUGGUGGCAGUUUCCUGCACAUUGUUCCUGUUCCUACACACGCGAGACCUCAGCACCAAGCUCCGACGCAUGCAGAGACUCAACGAUGACGUAACUGCCUUUAACCAUCUCACUGACAGAAUCCAGACAGAUCGCACGGAGCAUGCGUACGCGUCUGCACAAGAGUACAAAGAGGCGCUGGAGGCUAUACGGAGGAACACCGGUGCUGAACGCAGUAAGCCACAACGUACUCUAGAGUCAGAGAUCACUAAGUCCGAAGAAGUGGAUCAAGAGUUGCACGAAGAAGUCCUCCCAGACCCCUGGGAGCUUAAUAACACGGCUCGCGCUGAUGUUGAACUACUGUUCUUUAACCGGGUGCCCAAAGUCGGCAGCCAGACCUUCAUGGAGCUGUUGAGGCGAUUGGCGAUUAGAAAUCAAUUCGGUUUCCACCGCGACGCAGUCCAGCGCGUGGAGACGAUACGCCUCGCGCCCACUGAUCAACAAGUGCUGGCGAGUAUUGUAUCUGCGCACACGCCGCCUGCCUCCUACAUCAAACACGUUUGUUACACGAAUUUUACGAGAUACGGUUACCCAUCGCCGAUCUACGUAAACGUAGUACGUGACCCCGUUGAACGAGUUAUAUCAUGGUACUACUACGUGCGGGCCCCGUGGUACUACGUGGAACGCAAAAGGGCCUUCCCUGAUCUCCCUUUGCCUGAUCCGGCUUGGCUGAAAAAGGAUUUUGAAACGUGUGUCUUAAGCGGCGACCGCGAAUGCCGCUAUCUGGAAGGCGAAACACAUGAAGGUAUCGGCGACCAUCGCAGGCAAACCUUGUUCUUCUGCGGUCACGACCCGCAGUGCACACCAUUCAACAGUCUAGAAGCUCUUCAGCGUGCCAAGCGCGUUGUUGAACAGCAAUACGCUGUAGUGGGUGUGCUUGAAGACAUGAACUCAACCCUAACUGCCAUGGAGCGGUAUAUCCCGAGAUUUUUCCGUGGCGCUUUGCAAAUGUACUGGGAGGAACUGAACAAAUUUAAUCGUAUCAAUCGAAACGCCUUCAAGCCACCCGUAUCGGAAGCGGUGAAGCAGAUAGUCCGCGCGAACUUCACGCGAGAGAUCGAGUUUUACGAAUUUUGCAAACAAAGACUGCAUAUGCAAUUGAAAGCACUCAAAGACUCCUCCAUCACACUGCCUGAGAUUACUAACACAAGAACUGCCACGAAUUUCAAUAUGCUAUAACACCGCGAAGACUGCUUGUAAAUUUAUAAUGUAUGUUUAAGAAUAUAGACUAUACAAAGUGGAAAAAGAUUCUAAAAAAUUUAAAUAAGUAGGUCGAGAUGUUAAUUAUUAUAAAAAAAUAAGAGGACAAUCAAUACUUAUUCUGUUAUUAACAACAAUAUGUAGUACAUCGCAUCUAAUAAGCCCUAGUGACAUCUAUUGAGUAUUCGCUAACCUACAUGUUCUUGUAAGAUGAGUAAAGCCAUCUGUUGUUAAUAUUUCAAAACUAUUCAUUGAAAUUAGUCGCUCAAUUGGUCUCUUAAAUAUUAUUCUUUAUUUUACUGUGUUUAUUACUUAUACGAUUUUAUAAAUAAAUAUUUUAUAAAAAUCAAGUGAUCUAUGCUAAUAUGGAUACGUAUAUGAGUUAUAUACACAUACGACUAAACAUAAGCGUACAUCGUUAAAAUAUGCACAGCCUCAUAUACAGUAAUAAAAUUAAAAGUCCUUUCUUUAUUCAUUAGAAUUUCAAGUUUUUUUUUUAAUAUAUCAACUUCUAAGUUAUAUAUGUAAAAUAGGUGAGAUUAGGACCAGUCUAGUAUCUUUAUAAAUGACGCCAAAGUAGACCAAUUUGGCACAUCACUUAUUGAUGAUAAUAUACGCAGAGAUUGAAUAAGAACAUAUGAUGAUAUUUUUAUCAUAUAGUAAAAAAGUAUGUUCAAAAUAUCGUCCAGUACCUACAUGAUGUAUUGUUGGCGUUUUUUUUUUAAACAUCGUCAGUAGUACCUACAUUAGCAAUAAGUAAAAUGAUAAGGAAUUAAUUAUAGAAUAUAAUAGGAGCUCCUAAUAUAUAUUUUAUAUAUUAUUUAGAAACUUAUAUUUGUAUCCACCAGUGUCAGACGGGUGAACUUUUGUACAAUAUACUCUUCUUUUAAGUUUAAUUUCGAUAGUUUACUCUGUAAAUGUUACUUUAUUUACUAAUUUAUUUACUGUAUCAUUCAAUAAUUGUGAUAUGUUUAGUCUUUAAACGAUAUUGUAAAAUAAAAGUACAUCAUAAAAUUUUAAA